CGCAACUUCCGACUUAUAUCCAGUCCUGUCCACAUUGCCUCCACACCCGUCAGGCUUUGCGUCAGCGCAGUGAAGGGCGCGCCAUCGCAACUGAGAUGCUGUGAUCGAAUCUAGAUCCCGCUCGGAAAAUAAAUUUCCAGAAGGCGGCUUACCGCCAGUACUGAGUCAUGUCGGCUGCAGGGCGUAGAGGCGCAUCUUCCCCGACAGGAUCGGCGUCUGGCCAGGCGUCGAAGAAAGCGAGAACCAACGGCAGGGCCUGCGUGACGUGUCAUCAGCGGAAAGUGCGUUGCGACAUUCUCGAAAAGGGCACGCCAUGCUCCAAAUGCGAAGCAAACAACAUUUCUGACUGUCGGAUCUUUGAGAAAAAGAAGACUAAGUGUUCAACAAGGGUAUCUCGGAGCCCCAAUAUCUCUAUUCAGCCAAGAACAACAACGGCACCGAGCUCUAGACCCACAACCACGCCAACAGCAUCGAAUGCUGCCAGUCCGUGGGUACCGGUCAACGUCGACUCGCGGCCAGGAUCGGCUCCAGGAAACGAGCUCAAUGCUCAAACCCAUUACGCCACAGAGGUCGCAACACGAAAUUUGGCUGACUUUCUUGACCGAGAAGAGACGGGGUAUCAAGACAUCCUACCAAGCGGCCGGCUCUACUUUAUCGGGACUGAGUUCUCGAACUUGAACUACCUUGUUCGGCAGCGAUCUCAGCGGCCUGACCAGCAUGUACUGCAUUUCGGGAGCCAUCCUCUCGCCCCGAGGAUGUCUUCGGUGCCACCCGAAGCAUUGGAGCUACCCACUAAGGCCCUGGCUGAUGAACUUGUUCAGGCUUACUUUGUGCACAUCAACCGUGGUAUUCCCAUUGUCGAUGAAGAAUUUUUCAUGAAGAAGUAUAACAACACAGAUACCAAUGAGGACUUUGCUAGGCAACGGCCCUUAUCUUUACUUUUGCUCAACGCUAUCCUACUUGUCGGGGCGCACGUCUUGUCGAAUCAGCGUGAUGAGCUCAAGGCGUUGAAGGCGGUCUUCUUCAAGCGAGCGAAAGCUUUGUUCGACUGUCGUUUCGAGCAACAUCGCGAGACGUACCUACAAGCUGCCAUCCUUCUGACCUGGCAAUGCGAUGACCUCGAAGAUGUCAUCUCGAACUCAUGGUAUUGGAUCGGCAUUGCUGCUCGAACGGCAUAUGGAAUGGGCAUGCAUCGAGAUGCUUCGCCUUCGGGUUUGAACGUCAUGGAUAAACGCCUAUGGCGGAGGCUUUGGUGGACUUUGUAUCAAUACGACGUCUUGGUUUCCAUGGCUCACGGUAGACCUCAAGCCAUAAGCCUUGAUGAUUCCGAUGUACCACUCAUCGAACAGUGUCAUCUAGAAGACACACCGGAAGCCGAAGCGUCUUUCAUAGUUCAGCAUACACAACUAUGCAUCAUUUUUGCAAAGGUCAUGAAGAAGCGAGUAGCUCUACGUUGCAAAGAAGGAGAAAAGGCCGAGGCCACAAGGAAAGCCGAUAUUGCGCUCGCUGAGCUGGUCACCAAUCUGCCCGAACGACUCCAGUUAUCUUCAGGGGAUCCAGACAUUUGGCAGUCAAUGUUCCACAUCACAUACAACAGCUUUCUCAUCCUCCUUCAUCGGCCACCUCCUAGGGCGGUGCCGGGCCCCUCCUCGGUAGAAGCAAGCAACGACCUGACCAUAUGUUCCGAUGCAGCAGCUACGAUUGCCUCCAUCUUUGAAUCUUUAAGGAAAAGGGAGAUGUUGGCCGGCUUGUGGCUUCCAAGCCUGCAUAUGCUAUUCACAGCUCUGGUUCAUACGGCAAGCCAGAUGCACUCUAGCAACCCAAUCGUCGCAGCCAAGUCCAAGCGUCAUACUGAAUCCAUGAUCCACACACUUCACGCAAUGAAGUCCCAGUGGUUAUACGCACAAAGUCUGUUGAACCUUUUCGAGCCGAAACGACAAAGAAAUCGAGGUCUGGACCAGCAGUCCACUCAUCUCGGUGAAGUGAGCAACCGAGUGGGCAGUGGUGGAGAGCAGAAUCCUUCCAGGAUCUCUCUUCCAACUGACAUUCUCAGAUUUAACGAUCAUGCCAUUGCUGGAUCGUCAGUAUUAGCAUCUGUGGGCGAUGACCAUCCAGGACAGUCUCUUGUUUCCGGCGCAACUUAUGGUUCACAGAAUACGAGCACGGCACCAAGUCACGGACUAGCUAGAGAUCCGGUGGAGCAGUAUGCAGCGGCUGUAGUCGGGAACAUGUCUCAAGGUGGCCAGCCUUACGGCACUGGCUUCGUAGGAGACGAUAUGGGUCUUACUGAUGCUGAUACCAUGGAUAUGCUGCAGCUUCCGUCGGCUCUGGAGUUCCUGUUGGCAGGCGCCGGAAACAACUUUGACUUCUGAUCCUUGUAAACUAUAGUAUGAUGAUGGUAAAAGAUAUAAGCUGCGAUGUGACCCUACUACUCAUCUUGCUAAAUUAUGGGAAA